AAGGGUAAAGGUCAUUGACCUACAAAUGGAAGGAUGUUUCUGCACAUAAUGUAAAUUUAGUCAUCGGGUUUUAAAACACGAUAUGCUCCAAACUGUUACUCCCUCUGGUCAUAAUUGCUCAAUUUUUUGACGAAAACAAUCGCUACGAAAGCCCAUCUUCUCUCCUUUCUUCAGAAGCCCGACGGGUCUGGCCCGCCUGUAUGCACAAACUGAAUUUAUGUUCUUGAGAAAAUAGCACUAGCAGCAAGAUCAGAAACAUGCUUGCGGCGUUGAACAGGUUUUUGGACUGGCUGAAAAGCCUGUUUUGGAAAGAAGAGAUGGAGUUGACAUUAGUUGGGCUUCAGUACUCGGGAAAGACAACAUUUGUGAAUGUUAUAUCGUCUGGUCAGUUCAAUGAAGACAUGAUCCCAACAGUAGGCUUUAACAUGAGGAAACUGACCAAGGGAAAUGUCACAAUCAAGUUGUGGGACAUUGGAGGCCAGCCCAGAUUCAGAAGCAUGUGGGAAAGAUACUGCAGAGGGGUCAACUGUAUUGUAUACAUGGUAGAUGCGGCAGACCAUGACAAACUGGAAGCUUCCACGAACGAGUUGCAUAAUCUCCUGGACAAGCCACAGUUACAAGGAAUUCCAGUAUUAGUGCUGGGCAACAAGCGAGACUUGCCCAAUGCCCUGGACGAGAAACAGCUGAUUGAGAAGAUGAAUCUCUCAGCCAUUCAAGACAGAGAGAUCUGUUGCUACUCCAUCUCAUGUAAAGAGAAAGAAAACAUAGACAUAACACUGCAAUGGUUGAUACAACAUUCCAAGUCAGGGGGCAGUCACUAGCACCAUAGAAGGGGUCAAGUACAGAGGUCGCGGGUCAAGGGUCAACAAAGACUCCAGUAACUUUAACAUAGGUAUUUCAUUGUACAUAAUCCUCCAUCUUGUAUGUAUACAUACCGAAUAGGUCAAGAUCAUUUACUUGGACGUUUCAAGGCUCUAGUUAAUUGCUGUCAUACGAUCUCAGUCCAACAUAUGGUUUAUUAAAUGUGUUUGAUAAAAAUCGUAAUUUCAAUCCAUGAAAAGAAAAGGACUAUCAGGUAUCUGCAUGUAUAUUUUAUUUGGCACCAAAUAAGUGCAAAGCCAGUGGUGCUUGUAGAAAAUUAAGUCUGGUAGCUAUCACCUGUGCACAGCAAUCGGUGUUUACUGCUUGGUCUUGCUAAGGGAGCCAGACUAAGGUGACAGUGUCAGAUAUGUUUUAAUAAUCCUGAACAUCUCAACUUGUAACCAUGAACAUUUGUCCAAAUUCUUUCGAUUUGCCGUACGACAGCAAUUAAAAUUUGCCUUCAGCACACCAAAAGCCUAUUAUUUUGGGCCAAGUUGGUGUCUUGAAAAUACCUAAUGCCAUCUUUCAGAUUUUAUGCCGUUAAAACAAAAGUAUAUGUUUAAUUUUUGGCUAAGCAUUUAAAUAUUCUUUGUAUCGAUUCCAAGCCUAAAAAGGUUUUGAUUUAGUUAACACCAUUUGAUAUAAGGGAAAGUUUUGUACAUUGUGUGCAUGAUGUAAUUUACGUUGCCACUAAAAAAAAAACACAGCACACUGUUAUUUUUUUCUUCUGAAUUUCAAUUUUGUUUAAAAUUCAUUUAUUCUGUGGAAAACAGCUUUAGGGUAAAGAAUAUUGACAAAAGGACAAUUUAUCAUAAUUGCUUCAUUUUUGAGUUGCAUAUGAUGCAGCUGUUGGGAGCUACGGUUUCUGGUUUUUGUCAUUGACAAACCCAGUAGAUAUCCAAAGCUGUAUACAAACACUCUGUUUCAGACAUUCAGUAUUGGGAUGUGCCCUUCACCAACGUAUUUCUAUAAACGCUGUACACUCGGUGUUGUCCCGAAAAAAAACUGGAGUAAGCACAAGGUCGUGGGUUCGAGUCCCACCGGACUGAUGUUUUAACGCAAUCACUCGGGACAACACUGAGAAUACAUUUUUUAGUGUGCUUAAAGCGCUCGCCUCUCACCACUGUGGCCCUGGUUUGAAUCCCGACCGCGGACCAUACAUGCCAUAGGUGAGUAGAGUUGUGCGUUGGUUCUCUCCUGUGCCACAAAGCUUUUUCUUCGGACCCUCUGGGUUUUCCUCCCUCCGGAAAAAAACCACUUUUGAUCUCAGGCUGUGCUCAGUGGUCAUUUAUGGGUCGAUGUGGCUGGCUGCCAGAGAUGACAUUACAUGCCAGCGGCUCGACCACGUAGCCACGUCCUUUGCAAUUCAGCUUCUCAGCGGUGAGUAAGGAUGAUUAGCCUCUGAAAUCAUUAUUAUUAAUAUUAUAUACAUCACCCCGACGCAAAUUCCAUCUCAUGAAUAGUUUGGUUGCAGUACCCGUUGCUAUUUCUGAUUCGAACCAGCCAGCCGGUGCCGGCAAGCUCAGUGGUAAGACGUCUGCACUAGUAAGCAGGAGGUCAUGGGUUCGAGUCCCACCCGAGUGAUUUUUUUUCUCACAUUCACUCGGGACAACACUGAGUAUACAGUGCUUAUAAAAUACGUCAAAAGAGGGCGAAACCUAUUGUUGAAUUUACAUCACCCCAACGCAAAUUCCAUCUUAUGAAUAGUUGUUUCAGACAUGGUGGUACAAGUUGUAUGGCGCCCUCACUUUGACACUUUUUGCAGUAUGUUAUAGACAUGAUACUAGUCCUUUCAUCAUAGCAAGCUGUUAUUUCGUUUAUUGCUUUCAAACAUGGAUGUUCAGUGUUUGUCUAAGACUUUGUUUGUUCAAACUUCGAUUUGUGAAUGACAUUAUGUUUGGUAUUGUUGGAAAUUAUAUGCUUCAUCAGUCAACCAGCGCUACUUUUUUUGCAGUUGUCUCAGUAGAAAAAAAACCAGAAUUUUGAACACUCUAAAUAUAUCGAUGACAUUUGCUGAUUUCUUUUUUAGGUAUAUUAACCCCACCCAUCCAGAUCCUUAAAAAUCCACCAAAACAAUUUGGAGUAUUUUGUAGGAUUUGGGAAGGUGACCGGCUUUAUGCCACUUCCAAGGGAAAAUAUAUGCCAGGUAUAGUUGAGUUACUAGAAUAAUGGUUGGUCUUGGAAGUUUAAGAAAGGGUUGUAGUAAAAAUGUGAAAGAGUAUUAAAGGUUUUUUUUUUUACCUCUGUGUCUGGGCUGAGAGUUGCUGAGACAAAGGCAAAUUAAAGGUUCUGCAUUCUGAGGGAACAGUUUAAGAUUGGAGUUAUCUCUUUAAAAUUGGGAUAAGUUGGAGAAAAGGAAUGUGUCUAUGAUCCCAUUGUAGAAUUCUGAACAAUUGACCUGGUAUCUUUCCACCACAAUGAAGUUAUUGAAGUAAAUAGAGCAUGUAUUAAUGAUAACAUUAUUGCAGGAAGAUUCAAGGGAAGUUGUUCAGAAUCAUGCAGCAAAUAACCAACACAAUCGGCCUGUUGGGUAUCAACUCUUUCGCAACUUAUACCUGAUAUAUAUAAUUAGUUGACUCUUUUAUAAAAAGGGAAAACUGUCUGAAAGUUCCAAAGAGAUGGUAAAGUUUCUCUCUUUGUAUCAUGUGAUUUCCAGAUUUCUCUUCUCCUGACAAUGCCCUUUAAGCAGAACACUAUCAGGAGACAUUGUGAGGAAUUUCCAAAUACAUGUGCUUUCUUUUGAAAUACAUAAUGUGAAAUGAAAUGUGAGAUCUUGAAAUUGAUAUUAACAAGUGUUGAAUAGCAACAGAAAUGUAACCUUCACCAUUUUUAUGAAGAUAAGUUUAUAGGUUGCAGAACAAAGUUAGAAGCAAUAGGUCUUUUUGUGUCUUCACUGAUUUGUGCAUAAAAGUUACACUGUUAUUUGUUUGGAUGUGAUCUAUAGGCUUACGCAAUGUGUAAAAUGUCUCUGCUGUUAAUUUGUGUUGCAGCAAUUAUACGUACCUUCUCUGUCACGAAAAUAUGUGUGUAAAAAUACAAACAGCUGUAGGUAAAGAAAACAGAUUUUCAUUCAAUAAGCAUUCAAUAAGUUGGCAAAGCCUACCAUUUUGGACAACGGUGUAAGAGCUGUUGCAAUAUUCUACCACUCUUUCCAUACAUAAGUCCAAAUCGCCCUUAAUUCAAGUAAAUGCUGUAGUUCAUUCGUGCGUUCAGCUAUUUCAUUAGCCAUGUUGCUUACGCUUGCUCACAACAAACUGUUGACCAAAAAGAUCGCUAAAGUUGGCUUUUCCCAAAAAAAAUACAGUAUUCCUGCAUGUUUACUUUUUAUUUCAAAAGUAAAUGGGAAGCUAGCGUGAAACACUGUCGGGCACCAAGUCGAAAUGUUGGGAAGGAUUGGGUUAGAUUUUUUUCAUAUUAACUGGUUGGAUAUACAUAAACAUGUACAAGUGUAUAUACUUCACAGACCUUUUGUAUGAUCUGUUUUUCUCUUCAUUUACAUCACAAUGUGUCAAUGAUAGAUCUGUAGUCAGUGAGUUUUUAGUUUAGUCAAAUGUUUCCUCGACAGUGGUCAAAAUCACACGAAAGGCCAAAACCCCUAUUGAAUACAUUAUGGAAUAGAUUAGCAUUCGGUCAGUGGAUUACCAUAAGUGAGUACAUAAUGUGAUUGAGAUGGUAUUAUUUUAUACACAUUUAUAUUAUACAUGUAUAGCUCGCGGAAUAGUAGAAUAAAGUAAGCUUCUGGUAUGGUGAUGUGUAAGCAGUCGAUUUCCCUUUAUUUUAUCAAAAUUCAAUUGAUGAAAUUGCCAGUUGCUUUAUUUUGUUAAACAAUGUCAUUGUGAAUUAUAAGGGGUGUCCCCCAAAAAGCUGAGCAAGCAGGUAUCAUUAAAUGUCUCAAAAACUACUUAACAUGAGUAUUUCAUCUUGAUGGAGCAUAUUAAUUAUACACUUGUGUAUAAUUAGUGAAAAUGCCAUGGAAAUGCGUUCAUGCAGACCAGAGAUUUAUAAUAGAUUGUAAAAGGCUAUGGGUUUUUCACCCAUUCCAAUGGGAUGUGCGCAGUCAGAGAUAUCAGUGCAUCGGAUGGCUAUGGGCAUUUUAAUUUAACUGUGUAAAUCCCAUCCCAUUGGAAUGGGUGAAAAACCCAUAGCCUUUUACGAUCUGUUAGAUGUCUGGUUUGCAUGAACGGAUUUCCAUGGCAUUUUUACUGAAUAUACACAGAAUAUCAGAAAUGUCUCCUUCAAGAUGAAAUAAUCAUGUUAGUUGUUUUGAGAAAUUAUAGGAAAUCUGCUUGCACAACUUUUCUGGGAUACCUUGUAUUUACAGUCUUUAAAAUUACUAAUAUGCAUUUCUUUUUUGAAAUAUGAAAUUCUCUAAUACCAGCCCAGAUGUUGAAUUUUUUUUUUAUUGUCAAAUAAAGCAGAGAGGGAAUGGACUAGGUGGAUAUAAUUCUAAAGUUGAAGAGUGAGAAAUUGACUGGAUCGAGGGUUAGUAUGUUUCCAAAUUUACGUAAUGUCCCGGCUUUUGCAAUAAUUAUCCCAUUUCUUUGCUCAGAGAUACAUUUGUAACGUUUUGUUCAAUUGACUGUUAUUUCAUGAAUUGGUGAAUCUUAUUAUUUCAUGAGAUGGCUGUCAUUGAAAAAGCUUAUUAUUGAAGUAUACUUGUUGACAUACCAAUAAAGUAAACUGGAAGACUCGGACCCAUUAGUAUGUGUCAAGUUGGAUUCGGACUUUAUACUUUCACCUUAACGCAUAAACGAAUGGCGAAUGUUGGGGAAAUGAAAGAUUACUCUACUUUAGUAGAAUUAUAUGUAAAAUGUGUAUGUGUUGAAGCUCUUAUCCCGGUGUUUUAUUAAGUACAUUUUCGCAGUUGAAUCGAGGGUACAUUGAGUGUAAAAAAAAGUCCUUUCGAUUUUGAAAAACAAACACUUAUUUUUGUCGGCGUUUUGUUAUUUUUUGUGCGAUUACAAAACUUUUUGUUAUAUCUGGGCUUGAAUAACAUUGAAUUCUGUUUUUCUUUUUUAGAUACUACUCUAUUAAAAAGACCAGAAUACCUGUA